CCUCAUGCUAUAGCAACAUUCGAUUUUUCAGCCCAGGAUAACGACGAGCUGUCACUUCAAAAAGGAGAUGUUAUCAUUUUACUGCAAAAAAUAGACGAUACGUGGUAUAUAGGCCGAAAUGAUCAAAAGAAAGGCAUAUUUCCUUCGAAUUUUGUUCGAAUUGUUAAGGACAUUGGAACAAGACAAGCACAAAGCGAUAUGAAUGCCGAAUUCGAUAAACCAUGUGCUGUAGCACGAUUUGAUUUUGACGCCGAAAAUGAGAACGAGCUAGCAUUUACAGAAGGUGACCAUAUUACGCUAUUAAACUAUGUUGGAGAGGAAUGGCUGAAAGGACAACUUAAUGGAAAGAUUGGAAUUUUUCCGAUCGAUUUUGUUCAUAUUCUUGUAAAUAUCACAUCUAAAUGUCUCUUACCUUGUAAGUUUUUUCUCUCUUCAUACUCUAAAAAUCUUCAUACUGUAUUGAUAUUACAGGUUGGCGUUCCUCAUUGCAAAGCAGUAUAUGAUUUUAAUGCUGAAGCUGAUAAUGAGCUAUCAUUCCGUAAAGGCGAUAUAAUUACGAUCGUAGCAAAAAUAAACGACGAAUGGUUAGAAGGCAAAUUAAAUAAUCGCAAUGGAAUAUUUCCUACCCAGUUCGUGGAAAUUAUUCAGGAUCUGGGGGAUAAUGCAAAAUCUGCCGCAUCUAAUAGUAACUUUAAUGUUAAAGCUAUCUACGACUUCGAUGGCCAAGAUAGUACUGAAUUAUCAUUUAAGGAAGGUGAAUACAUUACUGUUAUAGAAAAAGUAAACGACGAAUGGUUACUAGGAGAAAUCAAUGGACAAAAAGGCCAAUUUCCUAUUGCUUUCGUGAAAAUAUUUAAUAGACAAUGA